AUUACACCUUAUUUUCAACGUUCUAACGCAGGCUCCCCCCUUAAGCGGGCCAUUCCUCGUGUCUCGCGGCCUGUCAAGAUACAUGUUUACCAUUCAUCUCCGCCAGACCGUGGAUCUUUUUCUACUGUACAGAGAAUAAUGCGACAACGACAUUAUUCUCUGACUCGGUGAUGGCUCGCGGUGAUCUCCAUCCUCCGCGGUCCUAACGGGUGACCUCGACGAGAACACAAACUGACCUGAAAGUCUGCAUCCGCCCCGAUGCACCUGACACUUUCUUAAAUCGAGUCUCGAGCUUAUCUGCAUACAAUCGAUCUCAUCGCGUAAAAGAUAGCGCUCCCGAUAGACGUAGUAGUUUAUCUCGCACGUGUCAGCGUCUACGUGUAAUCCGUCACCCUGUUUUUAUGCGUGUGCUAAUACGUGCUAAUAUACGACAGAUACUUUGUUACAUAUCUUGUCUAUUUCUUUAAUAUCUCUCCACGUACUUGAAAGUAAUCAAGCUGAUAAAGCAAAAAAGAGAAUUAUUGUUGAAUUAUUAAUACGAUUAUUUCUUGUUGAAAGCUCACAGCGUGAUAUACGAUAAAUUAUCUAAUGAUCGUUAAUCGAGAUGCGGUUUACGUUACAAAUAAAUCCGUUACGCUUAUGAUGACUUAUUUCUGUGGAAAUAUCUUUACAAUUAUCGCAAAUUAUUUUCCAACGUGGAGUCGUGGACAAUUGAGACUCCGAAUCGAGUCAUUGUCAUUGAACAAUUUUUAGUAACAAAUUUUCUGCACAUGUUUUAAGGCAAAGAACAGUUUCGGCGCGAAUAAUUCUUAAAAGAUUUCGUCGAUUUCAUUGAUCUGUAUCAGGAUCUCGUCACGAUGCGUCCGUCAACCAAAAAUCUCGAUUUGGUAAUCUCAGCGAUCAAGAAUCUUCGCGAGCUCAAAGGAUCCACGUCGCGGGAGAUACUUCGCUACAUCUCGUAUGUUUACGAUGUUCCGUCUGCUGCGGCGCGUCGUCAGAUGCAGAGCGUUUUGAAGCGCGGAGUCGCUUAUGGUAUCCUGAAGAAAACCGGCGACAGUUACAGUCUGCCGACCGACAGCGAGAUUGCACGGACGGAAGUGGCCGUUCAAGAGAUUGGUCUGCUGGACGCAUAUUGUCAGCGGAAGGUUCAACGAUGCGGAGGCUGCAGGACGCGACGUGGCAGGAGCGUUAGACGCGAUCGAAAAAUUGUCUGCAGAUGCAGGAGGAAAAGCGCAGGACGAAGAUUACGAGGAUGCGGGUCAAGAUCUUCCUGCAGCAGAAGAAGGGGUCAAUGCAGGUGUAGAAGUCUCGGUGCCGAUGAUGUCGAGACUGUCGAUGAGAAACCUAACACCAAAUACGAUUUGGAUAGCGACGACUCAACGGGAUCGGACCGGAUCAUGACGAACGUCGUUAAAGAAAUUGUCGAAAAAAAUGGCUCGAGUAGAUCUUUUGUAGAACGAGUUAGCGAUAUAUCGGAAUCACAUUAAUUCUGUAACAAUUUGUUUUGUAAGAUAGAUUUUGUUUCUUUUAUCUGCAUUGCUUUCUGCAAGUCUCCCUCUGCCUCUGUGUCUUGAGCAUUCUUAUAAUGAGAAGAAAUUUACAAAUGUUAUUUGUGUAAUUAUCAGCGCGUCUUCUUAAAUACUUGUACAAAAUCUGAAAACAUGGUAUUUAUGUAUGACGGUUCCAAAUCCUACAUUAAAACGUGAAAUAAAUUUAAAAAACUGUUA